UGAAGAGCUUUAAAUCCGGUAAUCUGUGAAAUCACUGCGCCUCAGUGGUGGCCCGUGAUUCUUACAUUGAGUUGUUUUUUUGUUUGUUUUUUUUUACAUAUGAGAUGUGGUAGCGAUGCUAUGGCCCUUCCCCUAUAAGUAACGGAUACGUAACACCACACGCGCUCCCCGCUGCCAUAAUGUGCACAUUUUGCACUGAGUGGAAAACAACACUGGCGUUUUGUUGGGUGCGCGAUUUUACUCCCUGUGCAAUGUUUACAACGGAAGACUGAUUGUAGAUUUUUUAAAUUUAAUUUGAUGCACUUGUUACUUGGUUUGAGACUGAAAAACUUUAUCCGCGCGUCUCACCUUGGAGCAUUUUAAUCGAUCUCUGUGAAGCCUCAUCUGCAGACACUCGCUGCCCGUGAGGUGAGAGUGUGUUUAGGGAGAGGAUACCUUCUUCAGCUCGUUUCAGUAAUUGUUAAACAACUUCACUCGGACUGACCACGGCAGCACAUGGGAAUUUAUCUUGUUUGUCUCCAUACCACCGCAAACACCGCCUCAGUAUCUGGUCGGUAUUUACAACCAUCUUCCGCCUCCAUCUCCCGGCUCAUCCACUCCAUUGGAGCCAGUUUGACCUACAUUUGAAAUGAAUUUCGAUCAGAUCCUCUCUGCCAUUGGAGGCUUUGGUAGAUACCAGAAAAUUCUCUACAUAUGGAUAUGUCUACCUCAGGUCCUCCUCGCCUUCCACAUGCUGGUGAGCAUCUUCACCGGAGCCACGCCGCCUCAUCAGUGCCGCGAGGGCUCGAGUCCAGCAGCGGGAAAUCAGUCCCUGUAUUCAGCCACCCUGAACUUCAGCCUCUCCAACUCCUCCUGCUUCUCCCAGGAUGUCGUGCUGCUGGGCAAUGGCACUCAGCGCGUGCCGUGCGGUGACGGAUGGGUCUACAGCAGGGAGACUUUUGAGAGCACCAUCGUCACCGAGUGGGACCUGGUGUGCAGCAAAGCUGUGUUCAACAACAUUGGAUCAUCUAUCUACAUGUUUGGCCUGCUGGUGGGAUCGGUGGUGUUUGGAGCCAUGGCUGACAGGUAUGGCCGACGCUUCGUCCUGCUGCUGUCCCUCGCUCUCCAGACUGUGUUCGGUGUCACUGUGGCUUUUGCACCCAACUUCCCGGUCUAUGUGAUUCUUCGCUUUGUAGUUGGCACAACAAUAUCUGGUGUCAUCAUCAAUGCUUUUGUACUUGGUACUGAGUGGACAUGCACCAAGAGACGCAUGCUGGCUGGUAUCAUCACCGACUAUGCCUAUGGCCUGGGUUAUAUGCUGCUAGCAGGAGUAGCAUAUCUUAUAAGAGACUGGAGAAAGCUGCAACUAGCUAUAUCAGCCCCGGGCUUCCUGCUUAGCUUCUAUAUAUGGGUGCUUCCCCAUUCUGCCAGAUGGUUGUUGGCCAACAACAGGAGAGAGGAGGCCAUUGCGCUCCUUCGCAAGGCAGCACUGGUUAAUGGUCGUGUCUUACCUCCCACCGUACAGGUUGAGAAGUGUGAGAUAUCGGUUGAGGCGAAGAGAAGUCACUCGGCUGUCGAUCUGGUACGCACGCCUCAGAUGAGGAAAAGAUCUCUGAUCCUGUUCUACGUUUGGUUUGUGAAUGUGCUGGUCUAUUACGGUCUCUCACUGGGCGUGUCCAGGUUGGGGACAGACCUCUACCUGACCCAGUUCGUGUUCGGGCUGGUUGAGAUCCCCGCUCGUUCUCUGGUCCUCGUCGUGCUGCCCUUUAGCCGUCGACUCACUCAGAGUGGCUUCCUGGCAAUCGGAGGCCUUGCCUGUCUGCUCAUGCUUGCAGUGCCUGCAGAUCAUCCUAAUCUCCUGAGUGGUCUCGCCAUGGUAGGGAAGUUUGGCAUAGCGGCGUCGUUUGCUGUGAUCUAUGUCUACACUGCUGAGAUAUUCCCCACGGUGCUUCGGCAAACAGGAAUAGGCGUAUCCUGUAUGUUUGCAAGGAUGGGUGGUGUACUGGCACCCAUUAUCAACAUGCUGCAUAACCACAGCCCAGCCACACCCCUCGCCAUCUUCGGCAUCUCUCCGCUUCUGGGAGCUGUCCUAGCCCUGGCCCUUCCUGAAACUGCCGACAGACCUCUUCCAGACACAGUGGAGGAUGCAGAGAACUGGGAUGUUAGGACACCUCCAACCGAGGAAAACCCAGAGAUCUGUGAAGAUGAUAGCCAAUCAGGACGCAGCACAGAGAAGCUGGAGUUAUGCAAUCUGGCAAGCCGCACCUAAUGCACAGCCUCAGCUUUGAUGCCAGAAAUACUACUUUUCACAAAAUCCUCUAUGCAAUUACACGUCAGGUGUUUGAUUGUGAGCAGAACAUAUUUCAAAUGGAAACAAAAAAAAAAGCACCAAACAGUCAGAAAUAUCUGUGUUUUACAAUCUUGUAAAUCCAUCAGAGAUUUACACCUUUUACUUGAGGUUUGAAUGUGGGUAGGCAGAAUAAUAGCUCCUAUUAGGAUUUUGCAUAUGUGUAUAUAUUCAUCCAUACAUGAGAGCACUCAUACAUCACUUCCCUGCCACCAGACCGUUUGCACCGCCUUUUGGGUGAAAACAAUCAGUGUAAAAGUGUUUGAAAAGUGAGUCACACCCUCUUGAAAAGUUGCUGAAUCCUGUGUUUAUAGACCGCCCUUCAUUUAAUCAUUAGUAAUUGUUCAUCUCUGGCUCACCCCCAGUCAGUUAGGGCAGAUGGCCCCGCCCCUCCCUGAGCCUGGUUCUUCCGGAGCUUUCUUCCUGUUAAAACGGAGUUUUUUCUUCCCACUGUUGCCAAGUGCUUGCUCACAGGGGGUCACUGGAUUGUGGGGUUUUCAGUCUAUUAUUGUAGGUCUUUACAUUAAUGUAAAACCGAACUGAAUUGUUCUGUAAUUAUGUAUUUCAUUUAAGUCAAAUUUAAAGAGUAAAAACUCACAUUUGUUAAAUCUGCCAAUUUAAUAAUAACUCUAUAGCAACAAUGAAACGUAGCAAAAAUUAAUUAGUAAGUCAGCUAACAGCUUGUCAGACAUGGCUACAGCAAGCUAAAGCGACUUCCUCUCUCCUUCUGCGACACUCGUUAACUCCAGAAUCUUCUUGUAGAGCCACAUGUAUUAACUUGAAGUAAUAGUUCUCUGUAUGACAUCUGUCUUACAGCGUUGUUUCAGUUUAUUGAGGGUUUUUUUUUUCAGGCAUUUGUUUAUACACAGCUCUCUUAAGCACCUGCAGCAGCAUUUCUUGACUUUGACGGGACCAUUGUAACGCCUGGAUUCUCUUCAUGUUCAGCCAUUCUGUUCCUGCUGUGCUGUUACAUGACCAUAUUUGGGUCAAGCGUUAGCUGACGGACAGAUAGUCACACAUUUGACUUUAGAUCAGUGUGUGUGUGUGUACAGAGGAGUUCAUGGUCGAGUCAGUCACUGAAAGAUGCUUAGGUCAUAUGGCCAACAAGAAGCCUGAAUCAUCACCCAUCCACUACUGUGCUUCACAGCUGAUAUGAGCUGUUAGUGCUGAUAUGCUAAGUUGGGUUUUUGCCAAAAGACAUUCUUCAGAAGUGUUGUGGUUUGUUCAGACCUAAGCAGUGGUGCCAUGUUCUUUUUAGAGAGGAGAUGUUCUCCUGGUAGCUCCUCACAAGCAAGCGACUUUUUCUGUCUUUUUCUAAUUGUACUGUCGGGAACUUUAACAUUUCACAUGCUAACUGAAGUGUUUAGAGUCUGAGAUGUAGCUCACGUAGCUGGUCUGACCUUGGGGUGUCCACUCCUCUAAAGAUUGGGUAUGAAUGCACCAGACCAUCAAACAUCUGCUUUUAUAGAAGUGGUCACGCUUGUUGUUAGUCAGUUAAAUAAACUGUGUUCUGUUAUCCUCUUAAUUGCUUUGGAAGCAGUAAAGUAAAAGAAGUCCAGUGAAAACUUUCUGUUUCACGUGACUGUAACGGUGCUGAUUGUUGAUCUGGACAUAGGCCCACUGUGUGCUGCGUGCUAUAAAUUAGCAAAGAUCUUGGGACUGUGUUUCGCACCACUUAAAAUGAGGUAUUGUUUUCACUCAAGAUGGGUGUGCGGUUGCUGUUCAGGGCGAAAUCCCUGGACGUGCUGCUCUUAUGAUUGGGGGGGAUCAAACGCACAACUAAACGCGAUUUAAAGACUGGAGAAGAAGACUAGCAAACUGCCAAAUGCAGCACACCUAUUCUCCAAACGUUUUUACUGCAUUUUGUUCAAAGAAACGUGUUUGAUAUUUUUGUAUGAAAGUGUUUUUGUUUUGGGCAUAUGUUGGUUGUAGCACAAAUUUAUAUUGCAAGCAACUGCGUCAUCCUCGUCUCAAGCCAAGAAAAAUGAAACUAGUCAAGUGAGACUGCAUGCACUAAUGAAGCCUUUUGGUUAGACUGCUGUAUUUAAUAGUUUUGGGUGAAAAAAAAGAUUUGACUGUUAUCAGCAUGUGGAAGAAUAUUUGAUUGCAGCAUUGUUGUUGUUGUUGUUGUUGUUGUUGUUGUUUUUAGAUUUGUUCUUCUUUUAUGAUUGUCCAAUACAAAUGGACUGCAGCAUGUAUCAAUGAUAACACUCAAUGAGUCUUCACAAGCAAUCAAGGGCUGUUAUUGUUAUGAAUUAUAGAAGAAAUUCGAUUCAUGUAUCGGAUGCACUUGAACGUGCAAUAUGAUGCCAUACAGUGCUGUGAAGUAUUUGUGCCCCUUCAUGAUUUUAUUUUUACACAUUUAAUGAAAUCAUCAUUUAAAAACUGCAUUUUGCAUUCACUCUGGUUAUCUUUGUCUAAUAUUACAAUUAGUUUAAUGAUCUGAAACAUUGUGACAGAUGAGCAAAAAGAAAAGAGGGAAUCAGGAAGCGGGCAAAUGCUUUUUCACAACACCGUAUGUUUGUGCUGUUACUCAGGCACAAGCAUCUCCAACUGUAAAAUGUAAAUAGAAAUAAAAUGCAAUGAUUUGCAAACCUCAUAAUCCCACAUUUGAUUCACAGUAGAAUAUGGAAACAAUAUGAAACAUUUAAACUCAGAAAAAAAUUAUUCUAGCUGCUCAUCCGUCCUGAGUCUUUAUAUGUUGAUCUCUUCAUGAUGUGCCAAAUGCUUUCUGUUGGUGGAAGGUCUGGACUGCAGGUUAAAUUCCAAGAAAAAAACGGAAAAAAAUCAACGUUUUUUACAUUAAAAUGGCAAAUUUAUGAGAAAAAUGGCAAAUUUGCCAGGAAUAACACUAAUAAUAACCUUUUUCUUAGAUGACCUAAUUUAAUUAUACUUUUCAAUUGGACUUUGCAAUAAAGAAAUCCUUGUGAUUUAAGUUCAGAAUCACCACAUUUUCAAAAGCGUCUGAGCUUCAAAGAGUCAUUGUCGUGAGCUGCUAUUCUACAGAAGACACACUGAUUUGAAUGAGGUAACAGCCUGUGUGUGAAGUACUACAGCGCAAUUGAUAUCUUGAGGACUUGUGGUACAUCAGGACGCAAUCCAACAGAUUAUUAAAGUAUUCAAUCCUCAUGCUUUGAAGCUUUGAAGCGUCUUAAGCACUGUAGGCUCAAUGUUCUCUCUCAGAUUUGCCACUUUAAUGUCAAAAAUCUUGAGUUUUUUGUCAAAAUUUUAUACCCACCCUGCUUUUUUAUUUUGGGCCCUCAUAUGUAUGUAUAUGCCAUUCAGCACUAAUGGUGCCUUUUCGGAUGUGUAAGCUGCCAAUUGCACAGACCGUGAUGCACUCACACACUGUGAAAGAUGCAGGAUUUAUCCGGGAGGACACGACGCUCAUGUUUUCCAAAAGGAAUUUCACAUUUCUGACCACAGAGCAGUUUUCCAAUUCCUCCGGUCCAUUUUGGGCCGACAGAAGACGCCAUCAUUUCUUUAUCAUGUUCCUGUAUGACUUAAUAUUUUUGUGACCUUCCAUUAAUUUUUUUAAAAAGAAACACUUGAUAUUAUUUCUAUGUUCCAUUGUGUUCCAUUGUGAAAACAAUUUGUUGUAAAAAUUUGUGUAGAUUAAAAAAAAAAAAAAAAUCUAAAUUCCU